AUGCUGGUCGAGAGCGUUCGCAAGAUGGAACACGUGCUCAAGGUCAUCGAGGCGGCCAAGCGUCGCACCAUGAUGCACAUGACCGGCUUCGCGGCUACGCUGACGCUGCUGAAGCAGGCGCUGGAGGCCCUAUUCGCGAAGACCGACGCCAACCAGAUGCGCAUCCUGCACUCACGGCUGCUGACUGAGGCCAAGCCGAAGCAGGUCCAGGACGUUGAGCGUGUCAAGUGCGCCAUCAAGGACAGCCUGAUGUGGGCGAAGAAGUUCGGCCCGCAUGUGACUGCGUCGGGCGGGCUCUGCAACAGGUUCACGCACGCGCUGAACAAGCCCCCCAUCAUGGUCGCGGGUAUGAAGCCCACGACGAGCCUGGAAUGUAUUGACCUCGUUGCAGCAAUCCAGAACGCGGGUUUCCACGGCGAGCUUGCGGCGGGUGGCCUGUCGCGCCCGAACAUCUUCGAGGACGCGGUGAACGAGCUGGUGUCGAAGAUAAAGCUUGGUCUUGGCAUCGCGAUCAACAUGCUGUACCUGAACGCGAAGCACGCGGCCGCCAGUCCACGGCAGCAUCACGGUCAUCGACGGCAUCACCGCGGCAAUCUUCAGCACCGCGUGGAUACCGUCCACCGAACCGGUCUUGAAGCACACCACCUUGAUGUCAACGGCCUCCAUCUGCGACAUCAUCUCAAGCGCACGCUCCUGUGUUGGGAUACCAGCGCCUUCCACCAGCCGAUGGAGGAGACGUACGCCGCCAUCCGUCGCGUGUCGAACGUGCUGCUGCUGGUGGGCUCUGGCUUCGGCAACUGGGAGGACUCGAAGCAGUACCUCACGGGCGAGUGGAGUCUGGCGCGCGGCCACCUGCACAAGAAGCCUGCGGAUGGUAUCCUGAUGGGCUCUCGCGUGAUGGUCGCGAAGGAGGCUGCGACCGCGCCGGCAGUGAAGAAGCUGCUGGUGGACACUCCUGGUAUCGAGUCGGGGCUGGAGUGGGAGACGAGCUACACGGGCGUCGUGGGCGACGUUGUCACGGUGACAUCGGAGCUGGGCGAACCGAUCCACGUGGUGGCCAACCGCUGCGCGCUGCUGUGGAAGGAGUUCAACGACAAGUACUUCUCGAUCCCGCGCGAACAGGUGGAGCUGGCGCUCCGCCUGAACAAGCAGGACAUCAUCGCGCACCUGAACGCGGACUACCAGAAGCCUUACUUCGGCUGUAAGCGCAACGUCGAGACCGGCGAGGUUGUCCCGACGGAGCUGGAGGAGAUGUCGUACGGAGACGUGUUGACGCGACUGGUCGACUUGACCUACGUGGAGGUGGAAGUCAAGCCGCAGCGCUGGUUCAUCACGCGCACGGAGGAGCGUUUCCGUCACGAGAGCGCUGGCGCACUGUUUGACCAGUCGGAGCUCAAGUCAAACCCGCGCGAAACGCUGAGCGCAUUCAUUGCGAAGUACCCUGCGACGGUGUCGACGCUGAUGUCGGUGCCGGACUGCGACUUCUUCCUGGAGCUGUGCCGCAUGGGUGGCAAGCCGGUGAACUUCGUGCCUGCGAUCGACACGGAAUCCAGGACAAGGUUCAAGAUGGGACUCUCUGUGUCCGACGAGCAGCGCGUGUUCAUCCUGCAGGACCCCGUGGCUGUCCGCUACGGCACGGAGGUGGACGAGCCCGAGGUGGAUAUUCAGGGAGGCAUCAAUACUGGCUUCAUCAACGUCGUGAAGGAGAGCGGUGCGAUUGCUGCCGCACCGGUUGCUGCUGCCAAGCCGAUUGUGGACAUCGCCGGUGCUGAGGUCACGAAGAGCGAAGGCAGUGUGGAGAUUGCGGCGCUCGCCGCGUCCGUGCGCGACAAGGACUGGCUGGAGGCGCUUAUCCUGUCAACUCACGUCGUGGAGAAGAAGAUGCGGCUUGUGAUCCCGUACGUGAUCGAUGUCGCCGGUGUUCGCGUGUUCGACAGCCCCAUCGACAUCUCGGGCCCCGUAAUUGAGAUCACGAAGAAGGAGGCGUCGAUUGCCGUUGUGGUGAACGAGGACGAGGAGGGUGCCCCCGCCGACUUCGUGACGAUCGUGCCGUGGCGUCCGCAGAUCCGGUCGGUGUUCACGAAGGAGGUGAAGGCCAACCUGCUGGGCCUGGUGCACCUGGCGUCCGCGACGUUCCUGCCUGACGACGACAUCGUGACUCACGAUGCUCACGAUUCAACGUGCACGGUGGUCCUCAUUUCGCGCAAGACGGUGGGCGAGCAACUGGAGGAGGUGCUGUUGCCGCUGGUGGAGCUGCACAGCGAGUUCCUGAUCCGCGGAUCGUUCAAUGACUUUGAGCCGAUGUUUUUGAUCGACAAGCCGACGGACGAUUUCGUGACCAAGCGCCAGGAGGAUGUGGAGAUCCUGAAGGCGAAGUCAUGGCUGAAGCUUGCUGCCGAGGCCUCGGUGAGAGUCUGUGACCUCUUGUCGUUUGAGCUGACGGCGAAGAAGCAUUACGCGUCCAUCAACUCACUGAGCUUCGUGGAGGCUUCGGUCGUGCUGUGCCGUGAAGAGGCUGGUUCGAAGAUGGAGACCGGCACGGUGCAGUAUGGUAUGAUGAAGCAGGCGCCGAUGGCGUUUGGGUGCCCUGGUGGUAUUCACCUGCGCACGACGUCCGGUCUCUUCAUCCUCGAGAUGGUGCGGAAGAAACAGAAGUCCAUUACGGCGCACUUUUGGUGA